AUGAGGGAAGAAAUUCUGGAGAUUUUUUUAUUGGUUAAUUUUGUUUUUAUUUUAUGUACAUCCAUUAUGGUACGAAUCAGAUAUGUAUCUUGCAAGACUAACUUUGAUUGUGUUAACCUCAAAUGUCCAACGCCAUUUGUAACCCCCAAAUGUGUGAGCGGUGGUUGUGAAUGCCCCCUUAAAGAACUCUUGACAUUACUGAGUGAUACCAAUUAUGGUGUGGCUGCUUGCAUUGACUAUUGCAAGGCAAAAGGUGAAAAUGCUUAUACAUGUAUCUUGAACCAUUGUUAUUGUCGCAAACCUUCCAUGUAA